AUGACCUGCUCGCGCUUCGCUUCUUCACUCGUUCACCUCUUCACCCCUUCGCUUACUCGCUCGCUCCUCACCUACACCUCACACCCUCACAUCCUCGCACCCCUGCGCCCCUGCCUAGGCGUUUCCCGCCCCAUCACCCGCCCAAAAAUGAGACCAUCUCUUCCGUUUCUCCCGUCGCCCUGGCAACGCACCAGCGCGCCACGCCGAACUUCCGAUAAUCUCCCUGUAUGCCGCUGGCCCUUGAAGAGCCCCUCACCGUCGCUGCCGCUGAAACGCCGCCGCCACCGCCGCCGUUCGAGUCUCCGCCCCCGCGCUCUGCCCACCUUCCAUACCUCAGCGCUCCGCCGCUGGCGUUUGCCGCCGUCUCCAUUGGGCCCCGGAACCCCGCGUGACGCCUUGCUAACGUUCUCGGCGCCCAGAACGGGCUCCGCCUGCGCUCCGCUUUUUCUCGCCCCAUUGUAUGCUGUGGAAUGUUUUCGCCAUCGAACCAUAAUACGCGUGCAUGAAAAACACCGUGGUCAGCCACGGCGCGCCGAGGAAGUCCGAUACCAGGCGGAGCAGGCUCAGUGGCGGCCGCGGGAGCUAGUACUAAGAGUAGCGUCCGCGAUGGCAGAACUACGCACGAAUGCAGGGACCGCGCAGACGCGACAAAGAGCCGUGGCCGGGCCAGAAGAGGAGACAGCGACAAGCAGCCGAAACGAGCGGGGGCGCGAGAAGAGUAUAAAGUGGCAGGCGGCGGCGGCGGGCGAUGAGCAGAGGGCGUAG